AUGCCCGUGCGCCCGAUGGCAUGCCGCCUUGUGCGGCCGAGCGCUUUGGCGCGAGUGCCGAUCCAGAUCCGUGUGCCCCAGAUGAUGCGUGCACCUUGUGUGCAGGUGUGCGGCGUGCGCGCUUCGCAUUCGGCGCAUGCUCCGCUGCGUUCUGCGUCGCGCGGCCUCUGGGCGGCCGGCGCGGGCGCUGGCCUCGUCGCCUAUCUUGCAAUGCAUGACAAGAUGCACAGCGACGAGGACAAGAAAGAGGUGCAAGUGCACGAGCCCGAAGAAGAAAAGCCGCAGACACUCCUUCGCAAGACCGGACGCAUUCUCUUCGUGUACAUCAUCGAACCGAUCCUCGUCUUUCAGCGCUUCCUUGUCCUGGCCGUGAUUUUCGCGCCAGUGAUCCUUGCAUCGCCGAUGCUGCUUGUCGGAAAGGUCUCGGAAGAGACUAGUGCAGACGGCACCGAGCGCGCUGGCGAGCGAUGGGGGGCCCUUUGGUGGUACGGUCUGCUGGUCGCGCAGAUGGGCCGCGCGGGUCCCACCUUUGUGAAGCUCGGCCAGUGGGCGGGCUCGCGCCACGAUCUCUUUCCGGAUGCGCUCUGUGAUCGCCUCUCGAAGCUGCACUCGAACAACAAUCCCCAUCCUUUCCAACAUACCAAGCAGGUGCUGGAGCGCGUGUUUGGCAAGCCGUUUGACGAGAUCUUUGCCUCGUUUGAGCACACGCCGGUAGGCUGUGGUGCGGUCGGCCAGGUGUAUCGUGCGGUGUUGCGCGAUGACCUGCUGCCGCCGGACUACCUCGCGUCGAAGCAGGAGGACAAGGCGCUCGCCGAGACCGCACACAAGAUCGGCCGCGAGCUGGCCCUGACCUACGAGCACGACGAGACCGAGCCGCGCAUGCCGACUGCGGCGGUGGCCAUCAAGGUGCUCCACCCUCAUGUGCACCGCACGAUCAACUACGAUAUUCGCAUUAUGCGUUUCUUUGCCGACACGCUCAAUUCGCUGCCGGGCAUGCGCUGGGUCUCGCUGCCGGAAGAGGUUGCGCAGUUCUCGACACUGAUGUUCUCUCAGCUUGACCUGCGGCAAGAGGCGAACAACCUCGCGCGCUUUGAGCGCAACUUUGCGGCGCGCGGCAGUGCCGUGACGUUCCCUCGGCCGCUGCUCGACUUUUGCUCGCGCGAUGUGCUGAUCGAGGAAAUGAUCGAUGCCGUGCCGCUCAAGUACUUCCUUCAACUGGGCGGCUUGGACUACGAUACCCGCAUCGCGGACCUUGGCUUGGACGCUUUCUUGAACAUGCUCCUGAUCGACAACUUUACACACGCCGAUCUGCACCCGGGUAACAUCAUGGUCAAGUUUUACCGGCCGACCACGCGCUCGAUCUUGCAGAACCUCUUGUCGCGCAUCCUCGCGAGCUUCGACCCCGACUACCGCCUCAGUGCGCAGUACAAGUCGGGCAUCGUCGCGGACAAGAAGGUCGUGCAGGUCCUCAUGUCCAAGACCAAGGACAAGAAGGCGUGGCUCGAGGAGCUGCAGCUCCUCGAAGACGAGGGCUACCUCCCGGAACUCGUGUUCCUCGACGCGGGUCUCGUGUCCGAGCUCUCGGCGAUGAACCGCCGCAACUUUUUGGAUUUAUUCUCGGCCGUGGCCAGCUUUGACGGCGCGAUGGCGGGCAAGCUCAUGGUCGAACGCUGCCGCUCCCCAGAACUCGUUACGGACAAGAAGGGCUUUGAGAAUAAGAUCGACACGAUCGUGAGCAGCGUCAAGAACAAUACAUUCAGCUUGGCCAACUUGCAGAUCGGCGACGUGCUCUCCGAGGUGUUGCGUGCCGUGCGCACCUACCAUGUCAAGAUGGAACCGGACUUUGUCGAUACGGUCAUCAGCAUUCUGAUCCUCGAAGGCAUUGGACGCCGCCUCGAUCCCGACCUCGAUCUUUUCCGCUCCGCCAUUCCUAUUCUGCGCAAACUCGGACAGCGCAUGUCGGGCGACGAUGAAGAACUUGCUGUGCUCCGCGAAAAGGCAAGCCUCAAGACAGUGAUUCCGAUGGUGAAGCUGUGGUUCUAUGUCGAGACGCGCUCGCUUCUCAUGGGCAUCACCAACUCGCCGGAACGUGUCAAUGCGUUUGUGCGCUACGGAUGGUUUUCGGAUUAA